CGUCAGAUUUUUUAUGACGUGGCAAACGGAAGUGCUGACUGUACUGUUAAGUCAAUUAAAAAAAUUAAAAAAUUAAAAGAAAACAAAUAAACAAAAAUAGGCAGAGGAGUAGUGGCCCAAUCCCCUCCAUCGUAUUCUUCGCCUUCCCCAUAUUUACACAAGAGUUGGGUUCCGGAGAUCUAUUCCAUCCAACUCCAUCUCCACCACCGCUCCGCCUGGGCGAAAUGGCACCGGAGGCUCCUUUGCAUGGUGGCGGCACUCCGCUGCUAUACAAUUUCUCUGUCGCCCCUGAUUCCCUCCUCGUCCGCAACCGUGAAGAGAAGAAAAUCCACGACGCCUUCGAUACCGUCGGAGCUCCUCUCUCCAAAUCCGACAUCGGCGGGUUCUGCUCCCAGACUAGCGUUUACUGGCCAAGGAUGGACGUGACCAACCCAGAAAAAUAAGAACUCCAAAUUGACCUCUCCUCCUACCCUCAAUCUCAAUAUGCCACUGCUAUGCUCUCGUCGCCGGCGAGAGAACGAAGACGGGGUGGUUAUGUUUGGAAGAUUUCCCUAGAUCUGGAAGAAGAAACUGGGGAAGACGACAACAGCGGAUUGAUGCUGACACGUGCAGCGGCCGAUGAAGAUGGCGUGGAUUCCGGGUUGAGGUUGUUGCGAUGGUCUAGAGAGGAGGCUGUAUCAAGUAGUCUUGGCGAGACGGUGGCGGCUUCGACUGCGACUGGAAAGUCUGGUGGUGUGUCGGACUAGGUUGUUGAAGGCGGCGGAGUUUAUGACAACGAGCAACACCAGGAUGAGGAAAAAGCAACGAGCGGCUGCAGGAGAAGAUGAUUGUGGUGCUGCUGAAAUUUGAUUCGACGGUGGUGGUAACAGGGACCCCGCCGACGGGACGGGGAGAUCUACGGCGUCGAUGGCGAAAACGACCUCGGAGGCUGAUCGAUGACAAAGGCGAUGCACUGGAUUCAUUCUAUCGGGUUCGACUCCCGACAGGGGUAUCAGAGAGUCUCAUCUUGUUUUGGCUGCUGCUCGUGCGAAGAGGAAGGAGAAGAGAAAGGUUGUUGUGGGGAGAGACCCUGUUUUGGCUGCUUCUCGUGCAAAGAGGAAGGAGAAGAGAAGGGUUGCUGUGGGGAGAGAAUGAGGAAAAAAUCCCAAAAUACUCUAAUUAUUAAAAAAAUUUCCCAAAAUACAGUAAUUAUAAACUU